UUUUUUAUUGAAUAAUAAAGACACAAAUCUACCUCCAUAAAAAUCCCCCCGGAAAUUAAUUGGACGCGACCAAAAACUACAGAAAUGUCAUUUUCUAUUUUAUAAUCAUCAUCUAACUUGGACGUGACAGGGAGUGGCUUGCUGUGGUACCUGUCUCUUUAAAUAAAAAGCCCGCUAAUUAAACGCUGCCGCGCACAGCCACAGAAGAAGAAGCAAAGCACCACUGCAGAAGAAGAAAAAAAAAAAAAAACCUUCCGCCCGUCACCUUCACCGUUACCGGGUGAGAGCCACGCCCGCAGUGGGACAAAGCAGCAAGCGAGUCCACAGGUGCUCCGAAGCCACGACAAUGGCAGCGCAACACUUACAAAGCACUUUGCCACUUGUUUGUACUUCCUCUUCGUGUCCUCCCAUGCCACCUAAUCCCCUUUAGCUUCACUGUCGCCAUCAUCAUCAUCACACCACGUGACGUCAAUCCGGUGCAUGUGGGCGGGAAAGGUGAAGAACAAUAAAUACGCGUCAAAGAUGAUGAGAUACAUCCCGGCCUCGCCCAUUCUAGGGAGACCCUAAAGCGGGGUCGAGAAGAAUCCGAUGGGUCUAUAUUAGCGCCGGUGAAUCACGGCUAGUGCGCCUUAAUGGGUGUCCCCUUUCACGCUAUAUAAGUCCAGCGCCCCCCUCCACGAGGCCCCCGGCCCACCCUCGCGUUCCCCUGCUUUAGCCGUUGUCUGAGGCCGCCCGAAAAGUCAUCGCCCCGCUUUCAGGAGAGAAAAAAAAGGAACUUUCCCCAGCUUGGAACAUGAGCACGUACACUGUGUCGCUACCUGGGCCCGGACCUUGGGGCUUCCGACUCCAGGGAGGGAAAGACUUCAACAUGCCGCUCACCAUCUCCAGGAUCACACCUGGCAGCAAAGCGGCGCACGCCAACCUGGUUCAGGGCGACGUCAUCAUGGCCAUCGACGGUGCCAACACGGACGGCAUGACCCACUUGGAGGCUCAGAACAAGAUCAAGAUGGCCAACUACAACCUGUCGCUCACCAUGACCAAGUCCAAACGUCCCGUUGUCAUGCCAACGCCCAGAAUUGACGCCGGUAUCUCCAUGAUCCCUCACCAGCAGGUUUUCAGGCCCCCCGCGCCCAACCCCGCCCCCACCAUCAGCGCCAGCGCGGUGCUGAAGGAAAGCAGCACCGCUGCCCACAAGGCCAUUGAGGUGACGGGCCCCGGGGGGAAAGCUACUAUCAUCCACGCCCAGUACAACACGCCCAUCAGUAUGUACUCUCAGGACGCCAUCAUGGACGCCAUCGCCGGACAGACCAUGACCAAGGGACACGACGCCGUCGGUCCAUUAGCAGAGCGUCCGGUGGACAGCGCCUCACCCGUCUACCGGGCAGUCUUGAGUGCCGAAGAAGAGGAGGAUGAGGAUGGGCGAGGACGCCGCCCACCUGGAGCUGGCGUGCAGUCCAAAACCUUCCUGGCGCUCGCCCACAUGAUGGGAACGGGAAGUGGAAUGCAACAAGUUGUGGAGGAUAAAAAAGAGAAGGAUGAGGAAGAUGAGAUGAUGAAUACUAGCAGCCUGAAGCAUCAGUCGCCCGCAGGCGUCCAGCACAAGGCGGCCGUGUCCAGUCAAUUUGGUCAGCCCGCACCUGCAACACCUCCGGCUCCACAAGCCCCACCUCCUCAGCAUUUCCAGCAGCCUCCACCCACCCAGCAGAGCUCCAUCCAGAUUCCGGUGGGCUCCGCCUCUCCUAAGGUGGUCAGUACAGCCUGCAUCUACCCAUCACAGCCGGCAGCCGCACCGCCUCUCCCCCACCCCGUCGCCCCUCUCCCCCACCCCGUCGCCCCGGCUUUGGACGCCGGUGGCAACCGCCCACCCUGGGUGACCGACAGCUCCUUCGCCAACAAGUUUGACCCGAGCAAGACCACCACAGCUGUUCUUAAGGCGCCCCCUUUGCCUCAGGCGGCACCGCCGCCACCCCAGUACAUCCCUGACCACCCGGCCCCGGCGGCUCCGGUGGCGCCUAACCCCGCCCCGUUCCCCCCCGUGGCCAGAGGGGUGGCGCAGCGGGCCGAGAGGUUUGCGGCCAGCAGCCGCACGCCGUUGUGCGGUGCUUGCAACAGUAUUAUCAGGGGUCCGUUCCUGGUGGCGCUGGGUCGCUCGUGGCACCCCGAAGAGUUCAACUGCCACUACUGCAACAUGUCGCUGGCUGACGUCAGCUUCGUGGAGGAACAGAACAGCGUUUACUGCGAGAACUGCUACGAGGAGUUCUUCGCCCCCACCUGCGCGCGCUGCAGCACCAAGAUCAUGGGGGAAGUGAUGCACGCCCUGAGACAGACGUGGCACACCACCUGUUUCGUGUGCGCUGCCUGCGGGAAACCCUUCGGUAACAGCCUCUUCCACAUGGAGGACGGAGAACCGUACUGCGAGAAAGACUACGUGGCCCUGUUCAGCACCAAGUGUCACGGCUGUGACUUCCCGGUGGAAGCCGGGGAUAAGUUCAUCGAGGCUCUCGGACACACCUGGCAUGACACCUGCUUCGUCUGUGCGGUGUGCCACGUCAACCUGGAGGGUCAACCUUUCUACUCCAAGAAAGACAAACCUCUUUGCAAGAAGCACGCUCACGCCAUCAACGUCUAACACGCUCGCUCCUCACUUUUGCCACAAACCCCACAGUUGCUUGUUGGCUGCCAUUGGAGACAAUGAUGCAAAAGGUUUGGACAUCUAUCGCCGUCAAUGGCAGUGAAUGAGUUGAAAAUGUAAAAAAAAAAAAAAAAAAAAAUUAUCCUAGUUUUGGCUUUUUUAUUUGAUCACAUGAGCUGCCACUGCCUGUCAUAGACGUCCAAUCCAUUUUGGCUGCCGGGCGUUUGUGAUGUCAUCAAUAGGUUUUCAUGAAAGUGCAAAAUUGAAGAGUUUUCUUAUUAAACACCCCACCCCAAAAAGUUAAAACAGCAUUCCAUGCAAUUGAAUGGAAAAGUGCCUCUAAACUUUUUAACUGUAGUCUGAAUGCUUUUUUGCUUUGUUUUGUGUGUCAAAAUAAAUUGAACUUUCGUUCAUUCGCUGCCAUCCCUCCCACUUUAAAUGGAUUGGACAUCUACUAUUGAUACACAUUGGUUGGCGGCAGGGUGCAUCUUGGCCAGGGGAAGAACAAAUUUUAUUUUUCAACCGGUUGGCUUCCUUUGACAGCAAUAGAAGGCAACCGUUCCACUUCAGAAAGAUUGGACUUCUAUCAUUGUCAAUGGCACCGAAAGAGUUAGUGGAAACUUAUAAAAGUACAAUGAUGACAUCGACUCUUGACAGUCAAAAUGGUAGCAGUGAAUGAGUUGAUUUCACUUUUAUUGAACCCCCCCCCCUUCCUAAAAUGAAUUUAUCCUUUUUGUGUUUAUUUGAGCAGAUAUGACUAAAGUUCCAAAUGCCCCACAGUGUGAGUGUGCCCUAAAGAACGGUAGUGUCCACUUUUCAGCGUUUUUCUACCCGUGACGUGCACGCAUGUAGCCUCACUUUUUGGGUGAUUUUUUUCCACCGCCGCAUGACUUUUCAUGUCGCUGGAAGAAAGAAGGCAUGGGAGAAAAAAAGAGGAUGAAUUAAAGAGGAAGCAGUUCACGUUAAUGGUUUCUGCUGCAAGUGGAAUAAAGUCCAACAUUUGCUGCAAACUUGUCUCUUGGAAUGUAUUUUUAGUAGU